GAGAGAGAGCGCGCGACUCUCCGCUCAGGGAGGUAACUCUGCAGCAGUCCUCAUUAAAAUUCCCUGUCCGUACACUCACCACAGAAAACCUCCUUUAGUGGGUGGCACCGGCAUCCUGCGCGCCUCUUAAUUGCGCACCACGCAUUAACGAGCGAUCACGGUUUCGUCACCAGUGGCCGCGGAUCACGCUGCCUUGAGGCGGAGAGUUUGCCUCAUGUCCUGAUAUUUACGGCGUCAAGGCUGAGAGAGAGGUUGAGGAAAGGUGAGUCCCAGAGGUCCAGCAAAGGGUGGCGCCCUGCGCAUCUCAUCCAGCGCCUGGACACACUGUCGCUUCCCAGGGGCCGAAGGGGGACCCACAGUAACAGUCCGCUCCUGCAGUCCGCCGCUGGAGCUUCACUGGCUUCUUGUUGCAGCUCAUGAUUGUGACAUUUCUCGGUGUGGACUGGCAACAUGUGCGCCCGGAUGGUGUGAAGUGUGACACAGCGGCUUUGGGGUUGCAUUUCUCUCGGAUACGCCAAGUACCCGACGUUACGGCGCACCUUGUCUAAUAGAGAACCAUGAGCACUGUGGAGGAGGAGCCGGAUCACAUGAUACCAUGAAGACAAGCCUGCAGGUCCUGCGCUGCCAGCUGCUGAGUGUUCUAGCAUUCCUAGCACUGCCAGUAGGACUGGUGUCAUCAGCACAGGAGCUGUACCUCAGCCAGACGUCCCAGGACUCUGUCUCCAUGGCAGCUGCCCACAGCAACCCUCUGUCUGCCCCCAAACGUCCCCACCUAGACUUGCAUCAGGAAGGCUCCAGCAGUGGGGAGUGGUCCUACAAAGGAGGCACUCAACCCACAAAUAUUAUCCUCCCCACUGUCCCCCUCCACCCUUUAGCCUGGCCCCACACUACCCAAAUCUCUAGCCUGGCCCAUGAAGGCCCUCCCAUUCAUGACACAAAUACUAUCACCCCAAACACUGUGAGCACUGAAAGCUGGGUUAAUCACCCCCAGGAGUCAAGCUCUGAUAUUGUAAACCAAGGCCACAUGCACAAAUUGGUCAGAGUACCUCAACUCCAUAACCCAGUUACAGUCAGCACUAACCAGGCCAGCAGCAGCCCUAAAUUUCUCAGCAUAGCGGUCCCAAAUAUAGACGUGGAAUCUACUGCCAGAGGUGCUCCAAACCCCCUGGCUCUUAUGUCCAGCUCUGGAUCAGACAGAGGAGAUACACUCGCUGCACACCAUGCAGGGCCUCAGAAGUUGAGUGUGGAGGAGCCCACUGACCCCAGCCAGCACGUUCUGGACCUGCAGCCCUCUGCACUGUCCCUUUCAUCAGUAGAUGGUGACCCUGCACUUGGCCUGAAACUCAGGGAGCAUGCUCGGGGUGCUCCAGAGGUGGUUGCACAAAACACCAUCACCCUGAGGGAGGUGCGCGCAGUGAACGAGCCCCCCACCGAUGGGCUGGUGAUAAAGAUCGGGAGCCCAUCAGAGAAUCUAACUUCCACUGCGCUCAUCCCAGACCUGUCCACUGAGCCGAGCCUCAAAACGCAGAGUCCCACAGCCACCCCAAACCACCCCACUGCACCCAGCGAGACCACCAGUGAGGAGGGUCUUGGUCAGGUUGUUCAAGGUAAUGGCACAGACAAUCCCCCUGUGGGACACUGGUUGGGGAAUGUAACUACAUAUGGAGGGCUGCUCUCUAAUGGCAGCUCACUCGAGGAGGUGCCUGCUCAGGGGAACAGCUCAGAGGCCCCUUCCACAGCCAGUAGGAACCAGAACAGGCAGGUGCCUGCCACCACCCAGGAACCCUGGACACCCAGCAACAGCUCAGGCCCCACUGUUGACUCCCCGCCAUCCCGCAUGACCAUCUGCCUGAGCAGGAUGGACAUUGUGUGGAUCGUGCUGGCUAUCAGCGUGCCUGUGUCUUCUUGUUCUGUGUUGUUGACUGUGUGCUGUAUGAGGAGGAAGAAGAAGUCAUCAAGUCAGGAGAACAACCUCAGCUACUGGAACAACGCCAUCACCAUGGACUACUUCAGCAGGCACGCUGUGGAGCUGCCCAGAGAGAUACACACUCUGGAGAGUGAGGAGCAUGACACCUGUCUACCCCCUAAUGGAGACUACAGUGGCAGCAGCGUGGUCCUGGUUAACCCUUUCUGCCAGGAGACCCUCUUCAUCAACAGAGACAAAGCUUCUGCCACCUAGAGACAGAAAACGAGAGACACUGUCAGAUUCUCCUCUUCUACUCCCCCUGCUGUUGUUGUCUAUUUUAUAUAUGUGGUAAAUAUUCAGAGACUUUGACUUUAUACUGUAUAUUAUAAACACAAAGAGCAACCUGAAAGGAGAGUGAUGUAAACAGACACUAUUUACUAUGAGGAUGCACCUGCAUAUUUUUCUGAUGUACAUUUUCUACAAAAGGCUUAAUUGUGAUAAAAGGUUUUUAUUGUCUUUAUAAAAUACAGAGUAUAUGUGGGUUUGUUUCCUUACAGUGGCUUGAUGGUGAGUGCACUGUGGAUAUUGCCACAUGAAAUCUGCUUUAGAGAGAGAAACGUGCUAUGAAAAUUUAAAGCAUUAAAGCUGUUCUUUGUAAUUUUAUUUUUCCUUUAAAAUCAAAUCCCAAAAUACUUAUAGCCUGUUGAACUUGAAUAUAACACCUACAAUAUGUAGUUUGGGGGAGGGGAUUGGGGAUCAAAUGGUGUAUAUGAAAUCAGGGUCUGUAUUUAUCAAACUUCUAAGAAAGUUUAAAAAAAAAAGUGCCAUCAGGUUGAAGAACUGAAUUACAAGAGAUGUUGCCUUUAUGAACAACACUCAAGUGAUCACAUGAUUAAUCGUGUAUGCUCAGAGCAGGAAUGACCAAUCAGAGAUGAGGAUUUAACUUAUGUCUGCCCAAUUCUUCAUUCUUUAGAAAACAUCCUUACAUUUUCCUCCAGUGGUCUUAUUCUGCAAAAUUAUAUGUGAUCUUUAAAAGUUCAUUUUCUUUGUGUGAAAUCCUCAGUAUUUCCAGUAGCAAUUUGAAUGUUAACAAUGAUAAUUGCAUAUUUUUUUAUAAUAUACAUUAAUUUUUGAUAAUAAUAAUACUAUGUAUUUUAUUUACAGAGUGACAGAACAGAGGAGAAUAUUAAAUCUAACAUUAAAAGCAGUUUUAAAAAGGUGACAAAUACAGGAUAUAUACAUUAUAAAUAAGCAUUAUGUAAUAGGAAAUAGAGAAGGUACAUCAGAGACAACAUAGUAUAAUAAGAAGAAUUUAGUACUAUGCUGACAAGUGCAGACAAUAAAGAUAAACUGAAGGUGAUUGCAAACAAAAUCAGACAGUUUUGUUCUUUGCACUUCUGAUAAAUGUAGGAAAAAAGUGGUGUAACAUCCUAUCAAAUGCAAAUAGCUGUGUAAUUCAUAAUCCAGUAGGUUUAAACUAUUUGAAUAUUAUUCAUCAUGACAAAGAAUAUUUUGUACUCACUUGAAAACACGAAGUCAUCUAGGCUCUACUUUUGAUCAAAUAAAAUAAAGGGAGCUCUGGAGCCUCUCUUAUAAGUCAUAAAAAAAUGAUGAAUGGGUUUUAUUCUUAAGUUUGAAAGUAGGAUAAGUAAAGGACUUUAACUUUUAUUUCUCAGCAGUUUGAUAAAAACGAGCCCAGAUUUUCCUGGUUAAUCUGAGCAGACUAUUUGGAUGAUUUGGGGUCUACAUCUGACAGUUAUGAAUGAUGGUGCAUCUAUCAGUCAAAAUGAGCUGACUUAAAAAUGACUUUCCCCCUCAUGUGUCACCAGCUUCUCUUUAUGAGGGACCACAUAGAUGUCUUAAUUCUUUAUGUUGGCCCUUUAUAUAUCAGUAUGUGUGUAUGUGUGUGAAUGCUUGGUUCGUGCAUGUAAGCAUACUGUGUGUGUGUGCAGUAAAGUGUGUGAUUGUGGAUGAAUGAGUUGAAACGUGCUGCCCCCUUAACCAAAUAUCACUGUUACUUUACAUCAAACAAGACUUUGUAUCACUUUCCGCUCAGUUUUAUCUGUUUCUCUAUGUGUGUCUUGUUUGUGUGUGUGUGCCUCUGUAUGUGUGUCUUUCUGUCUGUCUGUCUGUCUCUUGUCUGUAUAUCGUGGAGUGGCUGCUGGUUAUAGCCCAGUUUGAGAAAGACUUUCUCAGCACUGUAGGAAACAAUUAGACCAUCCCUUGCUACUAUAAGUGUCUCCCUUCAUAAAUAAUGUGUUUGUACAUCAUUGCAAACUGUGUUUGUUGAAAUGUUGAAUGAUUAUGAAUCAGCUGCUGGACCACAUAACAUGUGUUAGAGGCUGUCAAAAAAUCUUGACCAAUAAAAACACUGAGACAAAAAAUGUAUGCUGAAUAUUUACUGUGAGCACAUACAGAGGCGUUUGAAUAUUUUUUUUAAUUAUUGAACCCGUGGUCCUUCUAUCAUCUGUUUUUACUUUGCAUUGCUGCAGUUUUAUUCAAUAAUCAAUGCUGCCUGCCUCUAUUGUUGCUAAAGAUUUUCUGCAUUGUGCAAUGUUGUUCUGAAAUCACUGAUUAAAGCGGUGAUGGUGAAUAACACGGUUAAACAUAUUGAUAUUUCCUGCAUUGGAUGCUCACAGCUGGGCUUGUUGUUUUGCACGCUCAAAAAAGUGGAUAUUUUACAAUACGUUCAGUGGCACGGUGGAGCAGUGUUCAACAUUAUGUAUUUUUUGUACUGUAGUAUACACUGUACUUUUUACUGCUGAGCAAUAAAACAAACAAAAAACACA